AAUUGUAACAUAGGAAGAUGGAAUUAGGAUUGGAUUUUGAUGAUACUGACUUCAUUGAAGAAAAGAAUAAUAUGAAAGAGUCCAAGCUCAUAUCAUAUAAUGCCAAAGUCUGUGGUCCAAUGUGGUUUGAAGAUGCUGAAGUGUCAGACCCAGAAACAGCUGCCAAUGUUUAUAAAUUCAGGGGAGACCAGCAAUACUACAACAAGCAGUACGAAGAAGCAGUGUCAUGCUACAAAAAGGCACUAGAAAACCUUCCUUUGUCAAACAGAUGUAUGAGACACGAUUUAAAUGAGUCACUAGCCAGGUGCUAUGUUGCCCUUGAAAAAACAGCUGAAGCUCUUGAUCUCGCUCAAAAAUUGAUAAAUAAUAGCACAAAUAUAGAUCAGAGGACUCAAGCCUAUAUUCUUCUACAACAGAUACAACACAGGCUCUGCCAUUUAGAAGAUGAGGAGACAACAUUAAAGCAGCUAAUAACCUUACAUCCCUUCAAUGUGGAGUUUUGGCUGAUGUUAAAACAUAAUUACUGGAGGAGAUUCUGUUGUGAAGAUUCAGUGAAGAGUGGACCACACAGCCAGGAGUACAUAAAACUACUGGCCUGUCUGGUCAGAGCUAGGUUACUUAUUCGGAGUGUAAGAACUUCAGUUCUUUCCUUUGUUAAGGAGAGGCAUCAGCAUCUGACGAAACAGGUGGAAGCGGACUUGGAAAAAUUUCAGCCCUCAGAGUCAAUUCUACUAGCUGCCAGAAAGCAUUUGGGGGAGGAUAUCUUUAAACUUGACAAUGCUGAGGAAGAUGUCAAAGAACCAGAACAAAAUCCAGAUAUGGAACAUCUAGACUUUGAAGAUCGCUGGUUUAAAUGGAGUUUAUAGCAUAUAAUGUUUUCAUUUAGAACAUAAAAAUUUUGUAUCACUA